AAGUUACGCAAUCAUUGCAACCAUUUCCUCCCCAGCUAAAUAUUCCGUAUACAUCGCGAAAACGGAGAACCUGCAAAAUCUCUGAGAGCGACAGAUAUGCAAGCUUUCAAUUCCAACAACGACGGUGACUAUGAAGUUUUUGUCACGGUAGAGAAUACAGUUAUCCCACUUGACGAGUCGCCUCCGACUCCGCUUCCGCUUCCUCGGAUCACGAUUCUUUUCAACGUGGUCAUAAGCUACAAUGUCGAUUCGGAUAUCACCGGGCCGAUCAGAGCCUACAAUGCAAGGCUCCGACUUGAUCACCCUUUUCACUCCUUCACAUCCUGUCCACGAGAUGCUGUAUCCAACAUGAUCGCCGCCAUGCAAAUCCCCUUCCCGUUAGAUCGUCUCCGGUGGAAAACGCAGAGUUUUGGCGGGAGCACCGAGCCAUUAGAGAGCGUGGAAGCCAUGAUAAGCAAAAUAGUUAAUGGGGUCAAUGCCAUGGUGAGUGAUGGGAAGCUGGGCAUAAUUGUUACAAUAGAGAAGGAGAUUAAAAUGGUUGCACACCAAGUGUUUGAUGAAAUGCAGAUGUUGGAAGUUCAGGCCAGGGAACUGCGGGAUGAGUUGGAAUCAGAAAUACUGGGCAACCAUCAGGACAAUCGUGCAUUGCUUGCGAUUUACGACGAUGGACUUCAACUUCCACAAGAGGGUUGGGCCAGGCAACUGCGUGAAGAGUGGGGAUCCGCGGUAUCACGGCUUAAUCACAUUAGUGUUAUGCUUUCUGCUGACGAUAUGCAUGGAUUGGAGGGUGCUAUAGAAACCCUAUUGGGACUUCGGGAUAGUGUGAUAAGAACCUGUGCGAAAAUGCGCCUAGUCUUGGCCUUGUUGCGGCAAAAUACAAGGGAUAGCGAUGAUAGGUUGUUGACAGAAGCGGUUGUGAGAGAGUCAUUAGAUCAGGCUGUGUUCAGGCCAAUGCCUGCAACCAAAGCAUCGGUCGAGGCCUUGAACAAGUUUGUGUUUGAUGGUUCGAGUUGUGAUCAGCUGUGCGUGGUUUGCUUGGAAAAGAUGUUGAGUGGGGAUCAAGUCACUUGCUUGCCGUGCUCUCAUAUUUUUCACGGAGACUGUAUCAUACAGUGGCUCAACUCGGGUCACACCUGCCCUGUUUGUAGAUUCAGAUUUCCGACAAACUGAUGACCGGCACAGGUAUAUCGGAUUUUAAGAGUGCCAUUAAACUUUGAAUUUUACUUUAUAACAGUUUGCUUAAGAACAUUUCGGAAAAUGUCUAGCGGGAAGCUAUAUUGUGGCAGUUCAAAUUUGGUUCCAUUGGGCAUCAUUUUUCAACAAAUAUACUCUGGCGUACAUAUCUUUUUCAUUGUUUGUAAACUUCAGUUUCAUCUUUGUAAUUGAGAGAAAUUAACUUCAGCUCCAGUUAGCAUCCUUAGCGGAGCCCGAACAUUAGGACAUUUAGCUUGUUGAAACCGAAAAUUAGUCAUCCACUUCCUACGGCAAAUUAGAAAUCCUAGUCCCUAAAAGGAAACUAAUUCGUUUAUCCUAAUCGUAGAAGUAAGAGUAAGACACUGACGAGCUUAUAUAUGAGUUUACUAAGGCUAAAUCGAUGAGUUUAGCCGAUAUGAAGCGAAUAUGACUUUUCCAGAUGCUCUUGUACAUCUACAAGGCACGUCCUUGGACCAAUUUGGCCUUGUUUAUGCAAUCAGGAUGUGCCCAUUUGAUAUGAUACAUAGACGGUACACAGCUUCUUUAUCACAGACUGGGUGGACUCUGUUGCAUUUUCUGUAUCUACGAGACUCCACCGUGCGAACCUCCUUUCAAGAUUCAUCUCUCUCUUGAAGAGCUCAAGUAAGAAACUCCGAAAGGUGGUUGUCGAUGCAAACACAAAGGAUUAAGAAGCGGUAUCCGCUUUUGUUAAAAAAAAUGUGUUCUUGUUAGGAUUUGUAGACACAAAUGGAGGCUCAUUGACAGACAAUAAACGAACUGAGACGAUUACAGAAUCUAAGAUUGAGGACUUCGUCGAGAUGGAAAAGAUGUAUCUACAGGACCAACUGAAGGGGAUAAAGCAAAAUCUUAUGACUCAAACGACAAGAGGUUAGUGAACGACGACAGAAGGUUGAUGAACGACGACAAGAACUUGAUAAAAACGAUUGAAGAAUUGAAGGAGAAGCAACAACAAUAUUUGAGGAAUUCGUGCGUAAAGAUAUCUCAGAAGUCAGAACAGCAACCAUUCAAUUGUUGGUUUGGCAUUGUUGUUGUCGCAGUUAAAAUUUAAGUAUUUGAAUUCUUUUUCUUUCUCCUUACUAUGAAUUAGGAUUAUGGGAGGGAAAAUUUCACACACAUUACAAAACAAAAA